AUGACCUCAACCACACCACCCGACGUAGCCGCACACGUGGAGUCUCUGAUCCCGAAAUUCCAGCUCACCCGCCUGCUCAACUCCGACCAAGCCGGCCGGCGCAUCUCCCUCCUGGGCACCAUCGACUCGCAGGAAGCGCUUCUGAUCGCCGAGCGCGCCGCCUUCGACACCUCCGACGAGAUCCUCUCCACUUUCCCCACCUCGCUGCGCAACAUCAAGAACCUCGGCGCAAACGACAUCUACGCCUGGUUCCUCGCCAACAGCAACCCAUCCCCAGACUCCAGCUCCUCCCCUCCCGACUACAAACUCAACCUCAUCUACCCAUGCACAGCGAAGCACGUUAAGAAGUACGAAAAGCAAGGCCUGCGCAUCGUGCACGAAACACCAGAAAUCUACGCCCGGUACGUGAAACCGUACAUUGCGAAGCAGCACGAAAGGGGCACGCUGCAGUGGGUGUACAACAUCCUCGACGGAGCGAAAGAGCAAGACGACGUCAUCUACCGCGAGACCGGCGACCAAGGAUUCCUGCUGCUCCCAGACCUGAACUGGGACCGCAAGACGCUCGAGGCGCUGCACCUCCUCGGCAUCGUCGAGCGCCGCGAUAUCCGCUCCGUUCGCGACCUGCGCAAACAUAUGCUUCCCUGGCUCACGCACAUGCGCCGCAGGAUGCAAGGUGCUGCCGUCGCGUUGUACCCGCAGCUCGAUCCUGAUCAGCUGAAGCUGUAUGUGCACUAUCAGCCUACGUACUAUCACUUCCAUGUUCAUAUCGUGCACGUGGCGCUCGAGGCCGGCAGUACGCAGGCGACAGGGAAGGCGCUGGGGUUGGAGAAUGUCAUCUCCCAGCUGGAUACCAUGGCUGGAGACGGGGAUGCGAGUUUGGCGGAUGCGAGUCUGAGUUAUCACCUGGGCGAGAGGAGCGAGCUGUGGGAGAAGAUCUACUUGCCCUUGAAGGAGGGUCGCGAGGUUGCGGUGGAUUCGUUUUGA